AUGUAUCCAGUCGAAAAGAGAAACCCAAUUUAUGAAGAGGGGCAUUCUUGGUCGAUGCGACCCUACGUCAUACAUUUAACAGAAGAGGGUUUGACCAUGGAACAAACUCGACAGGUUCCUUCCCAACAGAUCCGCUUCAAGUAUCGAGAAAAUCCAUUUGGAGGGUUGAAAGAGUGUGUCAUCAAAUCGCCAGAUCCGAACAAACAUUCACAGCAAAGUGUUGCCACGGAGAGGAGAGUUAAAGAACCGACGGCGAAAACUGGUUCACAGAAGUUAGUAACAAAUCGACGAGCUCAAACGAACAAAGCGACGAACGUUUUAAAUGAAAAUCAACUCAACAAUCCUACAUCUAGGCAAAGCCAAGGGACAAAACUCGCCAUGCCUAUUAAUAAUGUAAACAUCACCAAUGAAGUAAAGAUGUUGAAUACCCAAAAUCAACCCAAACCACCAAAGUUACCGCCGAGAAACAAAAAACCGGAAGUGGGUAUUGAGACCAUUAAUACUGGCGCUGAAACUACGAACGAGCAGACGGCAAACAAAAUGGCGUCCGACAAGAUGGCGGCAGCGUGUCAAGCCAGACGAAAAUCUAGAAAACGAUUGAAAAGGAAAACGUCCAUGGUCCAAGGGGAACGAAGGAUUAGCUUCAUGGAAAAAGGGUUAGUGGCAUGUGAGGAAGACUUCGUAGGAAGUAGUUAUUGUGGAGGUCAGGAGCAGUAG